AUGCUGAUCAAGGCCCUGUCUUCCGCGCACAUUGACGUUCUUGAGUCAGCAUCGAUUGCCCUUGUGAUGAGGUCCAAACAUCCGCUCGAGAUAGCUGCUGGAUGGGAGCUAAAGAAUGGUCUGUUUGCGAAGUGGGAGAGUGAAGGAUUGUCGGUCGGACAGAUCUUCGACAGAGUCCUAAUUGACAACGAACUCGUCACCAACUCCGACGUUGCAGGAAAGAUCGGUAGUUUGUCCGACGACAUUCUAAGGGUCUACUGUCGUGUCAAACAACGCGGUGAUUAUACAUACAUCGGGGCCAUGGAAAAGAAGUUUGGCGGCCGAACAGGCCUGGGGAAGCAAGCGUAUGCGGCACUUCAAUCCCCUCCCGAUCGCGCUCGAGCUGUCAAGCUCAUUGAUACCUGGUUGGGACUAUUGGUCUCUAGAGAGAAAUCUCCUCAUGGAGCUUUCAAGAUCGCCCUACAAGACAAAUUGAAGACGAGUCUACUUGACAGCCAGUUGUUUGAAGAUGAGCUUUUACCACUCCUGUACAAGUACGUUGUACUGUACAACAUGUUUAAGCUUAGGGAUGAGAAGAUGACUCUUUCCAUGGAGCUGAGCCUCUUACACGGUGCAACGACAGUGGACGAGAGGCUUGAAACACGUGUUCAAAACUGGCUAGAACUUGAACCCAAGAAGAAGUCUCGCAAUUACGUUUUGGAGCAGGUUUUUCAGGAUUGGAAGGUGUAUGGGGAGCCCGGAAGUAAGCUCGGUGAGAAAUGGUAUAUGCUCGAGAAACAGUACGCUGAAUUUCUUCAACACACGCAACCUAAAGCUUGA